AUGGUGGGUAGAACCUGGGGAUUAACUCCCAGGCUAACUCUAUGGCUUUACCAGGCAGUGAUAAGACCAAUAAUAAGCUACGGUGCGAUAGUAUGGUGGCCACGCACCAAACUAUCCAUUGUUGAGGCUAGACUACAACGACUCCAGAGGUUGGCCUGUAUGGCGACAACGGGCUGCAUGAGGACAACACCAACCGCGGCCCUGGAAGCCUUACUGGGCCUCCCGCCGCUGCACCUCUUUAUACAACAACAAGCGCUGGCUGCGGCGGUACGUCUCAAAAAAUCUAAUCUCUGGAGACCGCCUAGGGUGCCACACACCGAAAUCCUCUACGAGGCCAUAGGUAAGGAACCGCUUAUAGAAGCGGUGACUGACAGGAUACCCAAGCAGUUCGUCUUCGACAAGAAAUACAAAAUACAAUUACACGAAGAACUCCAUGAAGGACUCAACCCAAGGGAGCUGAGAAUCUUCACGGACGGAUCAAAAACAAGGUCGGGCACUGGCGCUGGGGUUUUCUCAGAGGACCUAAACAUACACAUCUCGACACCACUUGGUGCCCAUAACACAGUCUUCCAGGCGGAAUGUAUGGGCAUUAUAAUGGCAGCACACGCAAUCGUCUCAAGGGAAGUAAUGGACUACCCCAUCCGCAUACUCUCUGAUAGUCGAUCAGUACUACAAGCUCUACAAAGUUACACUUUCACUUCAGGGCUAAUUUACGAAUGUCACAAAGCUCUGUCAGAGGUAUGUACCACCAAUGGCGUAACUCUGCAGUGGAUCAAAGGACACAGCAACUCACACAGCCGACAUCUUGGCGAGAGGAGGCUCGGAACUGAAGGUGGCAGGACCUGA